AUGAGCGCCACCUCAUCGAAUGCCUUGGGCACGCCAUUCGAUGAAGGCACCACCGGUGGAGGGGAGGCGAAGAAGGGAGAUGCGGCGGUGAAGCAUGUGGUGGUGCUCAUGCUCGAGAAUCGUUCGUUCGACAACGCCCUGGGCUACCUCGAUUCGCAUCAUCCGUUCGACGGACUCCAUCCCACGCCCUCUUCAUCUCAAGCGACCACUACGCAAACAGCUGAUCUUGUUGCACAAGAGCGAGAGAGCAAGGCCGCGGAAGAUGGAAGGAGUAGCAGCGGUAGCGAGGCGAAGGAGGAAGUGAAGAUGAACAGGGCCUACUUCAACACGACUUCAGGCGGGGACGAGGCAGUGUGGCCCGAGCCCAAGGCCCAGUUCUACACGCCCGUCGACCCGCCCCACUCGCACAAGGAGAUCAUGGAGCAGAUGUUUGGCGAGGGCCGCGUUCCCUCCUUCCCUCAAGACGCUUCAUCCACGCCACCCAAGCCGGACAUGAGCGGCUUCCUGUCGUGGUACGCGCGCCGGUGUGGGGAGUGGCGGUACCCCCACAAGCUGGACGCCGACGAGCACCACAAGGUCAUGCACGCCUACACGCCUCGUGAUCUCCCCGUCCUGAGCACGCUGGCCCGGGAGUACGCGUUCAGUGAUGCGUGGUUCUGUUCGAUGCCCGGCCCGACGGCGCCCAACCGCCAGUUCCUCCACUCGGCGACGUCGGCCGGGCUCACGGCCAACAGCGGCCGGCCGCAGCACCAGCCGACCCUCUUCGACAUGCUCGACGCCGCGGGGCGCGACUGGAAGGUGUACUACCACGACAUCUCCACCGUCAUGACCUUCUCGCGCGCGCUCGCGAGGCCCGACUUUGCUCGGCGCUUCGCGGGCUUCGAGCGGUUCGAGGCCGACGUGGCCGGCGACGACUUCCCGGCCUAUUCGUUCAUCGAACCGCGCAUCUUCGACGAUCCCAUCAACGGCCUCUACUCCAACGACCAGCACCCGCCGCACGACGUGCGACGAGGUGAGGUUCUGCUGGCGCGGGUCUACGAAGCGAUGCGCAGUUCGCCGCACUGGGAGUCGUCGCUGCUGCUGGUACUCUAUGACGAGCACGGCGGCUACUACGAUCACGUCCCCCCACCCUACCUGCGACCAGCGACGCAGGCCGGACCACCGGCCGCCUUCGACUUUUCGGUGUUGGGCCCGCGCGUGCCGGCCGUGUUCGUGUCGCCGCUGAUCGAACGGCGGCAGCCGCCCGUGCGCCCACGGUCUGGCGACCAGUACUUCACCCACGAGUCCUUCAUUCUUACGCUGGCCAAGAUGUGGAAUCUGGACGCCAGCGUGCUCGAGUGGCAGCACGACCCCUCACAAAUCGCAACCUUUGAGUGGCUGUGGCAGGGACGACCCAUCAGCGACGACUCACACAAGCCGGACAAUGUGCAGGAGCACGUGCGAAUGCCGGCCUGGCGCGGGUUGGAGGCCGCCAGCGUGGCGUUCCCGCACGAGGGCAUGGACCCCUACGAGGGCAACUACGAGGUCAAGUGGGUCGGCUGGGCCGUGGCGUCGGCCCUGUUCCUGCGCGACGAGGUGCGGGUGGACCACCCGGAGGUCCGCCGGUGGUGCGACGACGUGGUGGGCCUCCGGUCCACGCUCUCGGCGGGUACGUUCAUGGACGGGUUCGGCAAGGUGGUCGACGCGACCCGGCAGCGGCUGGCCGCAGUGGUCGGCGACGAUGAGGCGAAGCGGCGCGAGCUCAAGACGACAGAGCCCUCGGCCCUCCUCCCACUUCUCCACUACCUGGACCAGGUCUGUCACGCUUGA